AUGUGGUGGCAUCAGACAUGUCAUUGAGCUGGGCCACGCUGGGCUUCCUCUACACCAGCUCUUUCUUGUACCUCUUGAGCUCUGAGAAGCUGUGGGAGAAGUCGGAGAAAGACUACUCCAGGCUCUGUCCUUGGGAAUGCCUGAUCUUCGUCCAGAUGUGGCCCAGCUCCUUCUGCGUGUCUCUACCGAGCAAGUAUGGGUGCGUCAUGUCCGAGAAGAAGGCAAAGAACUGGACCAUCCAUGGAUUAUGGCCCAGUGACAUCCAGAAAUGCUGUCCCUAUUGGCAUCUUUUCCCUUCCGACCUGACGAACCUGGUGCCUGAAUUGAACCAUCAUUGGCCAACUUUCACCAAUCUCAGUAACUUCCAGUUUUGGGAGAAAGAAUGGGAAAAACACGGAACUUGUGGUGGUUGCAUCGAAACCCUGAAUAGUCCAAAGAAAUUCUUCGGGGCUGCGCUCUUCCUGCACACCAAAUACAAUAUUGACAGGGCUUUUGAAAAGGUUGAGAUUAUUCCCUCCUGCCGGCAGAGUUACCAGCUCAGCACCUUCGUGGACGCCCUGGAGCCCCUCCUGGGACCCCGGUUCCAGCUGCAGUGUGUGACGGACGGGCAGGGGCGGCAGCUGCUGGUCCAAAUCAAGGUUUCCCUCUUCAGCAACUUCUCCACGGGCUGCGUGGCAGAGCCCCCCGUGGGCAUCUCCCCUUACCAGCCCUGCAGGGCUCAGAGGGGGAUCUUAUACGUACCUCCCAAUCAGAAGGACCCCCGCCACCCCUGCCCGUGAUGGUCCGAGAGAGAUCAGCUGGAGGCGAGAGAGACUGGAAGGAAACCCAUCAUCCUCAGCCGGGGUGUUUCCAUCAACGGACUCCACAGAUGGCCAACCAUCCAUUUCUUCCCUCUCCACCGAAGUCUGGAGGAUUUGAAGCCUCUCCGUGGCCAACUGUGGAAUCCUCACUACUAAAUCCAUUUGCCACACGUGGCCGGUUAUAAUAGCGGGUUCAAAGGAGUUCUUGAAAAUGCUAGGUAGUCCUUGACCUACGACCACAGUUGAGCUCAAACUUUCCGUUGCUAAGCGAAAUAGGAAUAUUCUUGGUGUAAGGCGAUGUAGCUGCCCAGGUGGGAAAACUGCCAAUCUCCCUUCACCGAUUCUUUUGAUUUUUCAUACUUUAUUGUAUUUAAACAUGGGGAAAAAAGGAAAUCUUCCAAUCCUGAAGAAUAUGGCAAAGGGGAGCUGUUUAGCUGAGGAAAAUUAGAAUAAACGGAUUUA